AGUGCCACAAGGGCCACCACGGCCCGGUGCAUUGCAUCCGCUUUGCCCCGGACGCGCUGUCGUACGCGUCGGGGUCGGAGGACGGCACCAUCCGCAUCUGGAAGCUCGCCACCGCCGCUGCCGCUGCCACUGCUGCCGCUGCCACUGCUGAUUCUGCUGCUACUGCUGCAGGUGGUGGUGCGGGUGGGAAGGGGGAGGGGUUGGAGCGCAAUGGAGUGAGCGGAGGGGUAGUGAGGGUGGGUGCAACGGAAGAGGUGAUUAAGAAGGUUGAGGGCUUUCAUAUAGCGGCCUCAUGACCUUCGUUGUGACUUGCUGUCAAAGACGUGUGCGUUGGCGGUUUUAGUGAUUUUAUUUGAUAUCUACCAUAAGAUUGAUUUGCUAUGUCCUGAUAUCCCCGUGAUUUCUCUCUUUAGUUAUCAUCGCGGUGUGUUUUGUAUGGAGAGCAUCCGUCGGAGCAGCUUGUGGCGCGAACGGGAGGCGCACAAUUUUCUGAGUCCUCCCAUUCUGGGCUUCGCAAUCGGCCAUCCGCGUUCUCCGCCGCACCAGCCGAUGCAUCGCUCCGCGCAUCCCCCGCUGUCCCACCUCGCGGCCGCACGCCUCGCCGCGUCAGAGCUCUCGGCGCGGCGUUGCUGCCGUCUUCUGUGCCACGUCACAACGCUCCUCUUAGCGCCAUUCCCGCCGGCGAGAGCGGUCGCUUCUGCGGCAUCGCAAUCCCGCGCAUCCGCCAUUGCGCCCUCCCCGCAACGCGCGUCCCGCAUUCCGGGCUUUCCGCUGCGAUCAUUUUCGUCGAGCUCGUGUGGAUUCAAAGCCACGUCACCCAACCGCCUAGCCACUUCAGCCUCCGUCUCACCUCUCUCCCCGCACCAGCCAUCCGCGCCCCUCCCGCCCAUGGCGUCGGCGGAGCCCUUCUCCGCUCCGACUACGCAAUG